AUGGGCCAAUGCGGGGAGAGGGCAAGGUUAGAGGUGAUGCAACAGCGAAUCACAGACGAGGCUCUGCCGUCAAUCACUUGUCAGUUCCAGUCGCUGUCACUGCCUCGCAAAGCAUACGGUAACGACGGACCGAUUGGCACCGCGAUGCCGUUUGAGGCAACGACGAAGUUCACUUACGAAGCGAUGUCCACGGACGUGCUAGGCGUUGCCGACACCAGACCCGACACCGGCUACAGCAGUGCAGACCGAGUCCAAGGCGAACGAGGCGUGUUUAACUUCAAUGUUGAACAUGUGGCCGACGAACGAGGAUGCGAUGCUGGGUCUCAGUACCAUUGGCAGUCGAACGAACUGUGCAGUGGCUCUUUGACCAUGAGCGACAGUGAUCUCUUUAGAAGACGCGCUAACAAGCGUCUCCAAAUCGGUCGUUCGCAUUUGCAGGUCAUUGGUGAGUAUCAAUGA